CCCGCCCAGUCCUAAUACUCAAUCCACCCACCAGCUCCAAUUCCCCUCCUUCCAAAUUCAAAUCUCGUGUAGCAGAGGGGAACGACUCGAGGUUCUCGGCCAUGUCUGGGCGAGGCAAGGGCGGCAAGGGGCUGGGCAAGGGCGGCGCCAAGCGCCACCGGAAGGUCCUGCGCGACAACAUCCAGGGCAUCACCAAGCCGGCGAUCCGUAGGCUGGCCAGGAGGGGCGGCGUGAAGCGCAUCUCCGGGCUGAUCUACGAGGAGACCCGCGGCGUCCUCAAGAUCUUCCUCGAGAACGUCAUCCGCGACGCCGUCACCUACACCGAGCACGCCCGCCGCAAGACCGUCACCGCCAUGGACGUCGUCUACGCGCUCAAGCGCCAGGGCCGCACCCUCUACGGCUUCGGAGGCACAACACAGAAAUCGCUCAGCGUCCUGGUGUCGCUUGAGAUACCACCACCUACUCCUAAAUCCCCAAUCCAAUCCCAAGCUUCGAGUUCUCUUCCUCCAAAAUCAAAUCUCACACAGCCAAGAGGAGCGGGGCUUUCGGCGAUGUCUGGGCGCGGCAAGGGCGGCAAGGGGCUGGGCAAGGGCGGAGCCAAGCGCCACCGCAAGGUCCUGCGCGACAACAUCCAGGGCAUCACCAAGCCGGCGAUCCGGAGGCUGGCCAGGAGGGGCGGCGUGAAGCGCAUCUCGGGGCUGAUCUACGAGGAGACCCGCGGCGUCCUCAAGAUCUUCCUCGAGAACGUCAUCCGCGACGCCGUCACCUACACCGAGCACGCCCGCCGCAAGACCGUCACCGCCAUGGACGUCGUCUACGCGCUCAAGCGCCAGGGCCGCACCCUCUACGGCUUCGGAGGCUAGAUUUGGUGGAUGGUGGUCGUGGGGCUGCAGUUUAGUAUUUGUGUGAUAUGUUCCGUCGUAGAUUAGGUCUACUACUCCUGUGUCGUGUGUAGUUGUGUUCCUGCUUCCGUGUUCCGAAGGAUGUAGUACUUCGUUGUGUAUUUCUGUUUAAUGAAAUCUGUUCGAUCCUAAACUCACCAAUUCUGCCGUGUU